CCAGGAUCCACCUUUUCCCAGACCUCAUUUAAUGUUGGCAGUGGAGGCAAAGGCAUCUCUUGCUGGAGAUCUCUGUCUAUCUGAGGCUUUCUAAAGGUGCAGGCAAAACACCGACUUUGGGAGGAGGAUUCCAUGCGAAUCUGGGAAAGGAGUCACGAGCACAAACUCUACAGAAUGCCCCCCUUUAGAUGCUCAAAAGCUGCUCUCAGCUCUCCAUGAAGCCUUCUCUGGACUGACCAUCCCCAGCUCCCAGCUUGUCCUCACAGGAAGGCGUUCCUUCCCUUGGAUCAUUUCUAUGGCUUCUUAAACCAGCUUUGCUGCAGGGGAGGCUGAAUGCAGGACCACGUUGUUAGGAAAACGUCAGAUUCACCACUUAGGAAACCAGCUUCAACUCAAUCAACAUUGUCUGGAUACUGCCUUCAAUUUUUUCAAGAUGGCUGUAAGCAAGCAUCUAACCCGGGGAAGGAAGAUGACCCACGUAAUUGCUGCGUGUCUCUACCUGGUGUGCAGGACAGAAGGAACUCCUCACAUGUUACUGGACCUCAGUGAUCUUCUUCAGGUGAAUGUCUAUGUGCUGGGAAAAACUUUCCUUCUGUUGGCAAGAGAACUCUGCAUAAAUGCUCCAGCCAUAGAUCCGUGUUUAUAUAUUCCUCGUUUUGCCCAUAUGCUGGAAUUUGGGGAUAAGAACCAUGAAGUGUCCAUGACGGCUCUCAGGCUACUGCAGAGAAUGAAGCGAGACUGGAUGCACACUGGCCGCCGGCCGUCUGGGCUCUGCGGGGCAGCUCUGUUAGUGGCAGCGAGAAUGCACGAUUUCCGCCGCACUGUUAAAGAGGUCAUCAGGGUGGUCAAGGUUUGUGAGUCUACGCUAAGGAAAAGGUUGACAGAGUUUGAGUAUACGCCAACGAGUCAGCUAACCAUAGAUGAGUUUAUGAGGAUUGACUUGGAAGAAGAAUGUGAUCCCCCUUCGUUCACAGCUGGCCAAAAAAAGCUGAAGAUACAGCAGCUUGAGAAGGCGUUAUCAAAAAAGCUGGAAGAUUUUGAAGGUGAAAUAUCAAGCUAUCAAGAUGAAAUAGAGAUUGAAUUAGAAAAUAGUAGACCAAAAGCAAAAGGCGUAUUUGCAAAUUUAUCUAAAAGUGAUUCUAUAGAAGAUAAUACGUUAAGCAUAUUUGGAGAAGAAGAGGCAGAAGAUGAAGAACUGGAAGCAGCUGCUAAUCACUUAAACAAAGACUUUUGUAAUGAACUUCUUGAGAAAGAUAGGUUAAAACCAGGUGAAGAUGGAGAAUGCAAAAAUGGAAAUGAAGCUCCUGUAAGACCACCCGCACUGGAAUCCUUACUUGGUCCACUCCCCACUGCAGCUAGUCUUGGCAUAACAGAGUCCAUAAAAGAGUGUAUUUCCUCUAAGGACCGAGAGCCUGGUGAAAAUACAGGAGAUGGUGAAUUAGAUCUGAGUGGAAUUGACGACAGUGAAAUAGAUAGGUAUAUACUUAACGAAACAGAAGCUCAGAUAAAAGCAGAGCUGUGGAUGAAAGAAAAUGCAGAUUACUUGAAGGAACAAAAAGAAAAGGAAGCAAGAAUAGCAAAAGAGAAAGAACUUGGGAUUUAUAAGGAACACAAGCCAAAGAAAGCUGCAAAGAAGCGGGAGCCAAUUCAAGCCAGCACAGCAGGAGAGGCAAUUGAAAAGAUGUUAGAACAGAAGAAAAUCUCAAGUAAAAUUAAUUAUAAUGUGCUAAGGGACCUGAACAGCAAAGGAAGUAACACACCAAAGAAAGAGGAUGACAGCACUGAUGACAGCACCAACACCAAGAAGCUGUCAAGAAGAAAAUCUAUUGCCAGUAGGAAUAUAGCCAGCCCUGUAAACAGUGUGGGAAAAAGGUUAAGACCCUUGAUUUCUACACAGCUGGCUAAGAAGGCUGCCACUGAGGAGGUGACCUUUCCAAAUGCACAAGCAGAAGCCUCUAACUUAGAAAAGCCAGCGACUGUGCUAGUGGAGAGCGGCCCAGUAGCUUAUAACCUUGAUGAAGAGGUGGAAGAGGAAGAAGCAGAAGAAGAAGAUGAUCACUGCAUGAGUGCAUUGCAGUUAAUGGGAGGAAACGAUUAUGGCUGUGAUAUGGACGAUGAUGAUGGCUAUUAGUUCUGUUUACUUCUAAAGACAUGGACUAUUUCUUGUUCCCAGAAAAACUGCAAUCAUCUUCAAACUGUGUGAAUGGUGAAAGAAGCAGUCUAUGGUCUGCAGAUGUUAUCAAGCAAUCCUUACUUCUGUAAAGUGAAUUUUAGCUUUGCAUUGGCUCUGGUCAGUUUACAUUGACUCAUAACCCAGCAAUAAUGUUUGGGUUUGUACUUGAAUUAUUUUUAUUUUGGUGGUUGUGGUUUGAGAAUAAAAUUAUUGGGAGUCAUGUUUUCAGACAACAAAAGAAAGAGACAAAAUAGGCAACGUAAAAAGAGUUAUAUGACUCUGCUUAGUGCACAUUAUUGAAAGGGAGCAUACAGAAGGACAGACAGUGGGAUGGAUAAAAAUGAGAAGCUCACCACCUGAUUGAGUACACCAGGAUUAAUUGUCUUAAAUACUACAGCCAACAGAGAACACUUCCAACAUUUACUGACAAAUUGCCCUUGUCAUUCUAUGCAAUCUUCCAUGCUCAAGCCUAUCAUAAAUUGACAACAAGUUAUGUAUUGUACCUGUUUCUCUGAAAUGGAGUAAAUAUUUACUGAUACUAAUCAAUUCAUAGAUGUCUAGAAGUUGUCUCCGUAGAAGGUAAUGUUGGCAAUGAGGAAGUGACUUACGCUGUAAGUCAGAUAUUUACGUGUGAGGAAGGAGAAACCUGGGUGAGGCAAGAAUUGGAGAGAGAAAGCUGGAGACACUGCUGGUGUCACGUACCUUUGGAGUCACUGGGGGCAGCCAGGAGGUGUUGUGGCUGGUGUUGCUGCAGGGGAUUGACUCCAGCCAUCUCUACAGAGCUGCUCCCAUCCGACUGAAUUGGAGUGCAGGUCUGCUCCCAGAGCUGCCUGGCUUUAAAACCGGUUGAAAGCAAGAGAAAGCUGAGCUUUUUAAUAAAUAAGCUAGCAUCUGCUUUGGCUGAAUUUAAUUUUAUGUAAUAUAUUUAACUUUCUGUGGGUAAAUUAAAGGUCACCAUGCAGCAGCCUGAAUUUCAUGGCUCAAAUCCUACCCUUAAACAGUCUCUGCUACGUGAAUAAUGCUGGGGCUUCAGCUGUAUGUGCCCCAAAAUGUCAACAGGCAGAUCCUUGUCACCCAGUCAGCAAUCCACACGCUGUAGUGGGACAGUGGAUCAGGAACAGAUCUGCAGUGCCGGAUCCCACCCUGCUGCCUCUGUGCUGCCUUUCCCUGACACUGCUGGGUCUCCAAGGCUCCCAGCCCAGUGUGAGAUGCACUACCAUCUUGAUGGCUGCAGCUGCAGGAGAUAGGAUGCUUUCAUCUCUCUCCCUUGUCUGUGACAAUCAUGAAUGCUCUAGUAUUGCAUACUUCUCUUAUAUCGGGCAAAGGUGGAUGUUUAUCUUACCACUAUGGGUUCUGUUAAGCUGGCCUUCCUGGCUAGCUCUUCCUUCCUAUCCUUUCUGGGAUUUUGAAGCACCAUUUUAAAGCACCACUCACUAAGGCACCAGUAAUUCUGUUGCCUCAGAGGGUGGAUAGUGUCAGGAGAAGAAGCUGCCUUGGGAAGGGACAAACCCCAGAGAGAGGAAGGGAGUGAUGGUUCUCAUACCUGUGGCCAUUGCCAACAAGGGAAAGGACCUUCCAUACUUCUUCUGUCCCUUUCAGUAGCUUGCAUAAAGGGGAUCAUGUAAAUAGAGCCAGAAUGAGUGCAUUUUUUAGGCACAGAGUUGAUUUUGUUUGGGUGGUAAAUGUAAUGUGUUGACUAGGUUUUAUGUGCUAGAUAUUUUGAGUCCCAAAUAGGAGCAUUUCUCAGUGAUCUCUCUUAACAGUAGAGCUUGGUUAAAAAAUGCAAUAAUAAAGAAGAAGAUGUUGUAAGACUACUGGGAAUAAAAGCUCUUCUGAAUCAGAUUUCAGUUUGCAGCACAUUGAAGAGAUUCCUUAUAAUUGCUGGGAAGCGGCUGGUGCUUUCAUCAAACAGCCAUAGCAUUUUUUUCGGAUACUUUAUAAGCACUGCACAAAAAAGUUCAUGGAGGAGAUAAACCUUUCUACCUCUCUUUUAUCUAUACCAUAAUUCAAAAUCAUGCUAUAAGCUGACAAUAAAAAUAAAAAAGUAGUUUGUUUUAUCAAAGUUCAUGGUCUGCGAGUCUUUGAGACAGCUGAGUUUGAGCACUGGGGUUUGAAUUAAUCUGUCAGUAGCACUGUUACAAGUAACCGUGCUCUCAGUGUAUUCUCAGAGCUGGGUUUUAUUCCAGGGUACACAUUAUUCUCCAUGCAGGAAAUAAACACGCAUCAAUAAACAUGUGUAUGACUCAUGUAGGUCGAGAACGUUUCUCAAAUGCGUAAUGUUGGUUCGUAAAGAAACGUCUGAGUUCCGUAUUGCUGAGGGUCUUUCCUGCGGUUUUCUGUGUCGAUUUUCAUGGGUUUGUUAGCCCUACAGAAUAUUCAACCUGCUGCCAAAGUAGGGACAUUAUGUGUGAGAGCUGAGAGUCCACUUGAAUAACUCCUGCUAGCACAUGUUAGUUUUGUUCUCACGUUGUGUUUCUGAGAACAUUGUCUCCUGCACUGGGAGCAGCGAAUGCUUUUCUGUAUCAGACAGGAAAAUACUUGCAGGUUUUGAAAGCUCUCAUGAGAUCUGAUUGGAGAAGGCUAUCUCACAGUCUGCUAGAAGGGCAGUUAGAGAGCAAAAAAGGACCUGCAAACCCAUAGCAUCUCAGUAUUGCUGGUGAAGCUAAUGGCAUGGUUUCUGCACAGGAGUCCUAAAGGCAGAGCCAUGGUAUUGCUCUGAGCAUUGCAGGCUUCUUAAUCUAUAGUGGUUAUCAUAGAGUCAUAGAAUCAUAGAAUGGCCUGGGUUGAAAAGGACCACAAUGCUCAUCCAGUUCCAACCCCCUGCUGUGUGCAGGGUCACCAACCACCAGGCCAGGCUGCCCAGAGCCACAUCCAGCCUGGCCUUGAAUGCCUCCAGGGAUGGGGCAUCCACAGCCUCCUUGGGCAGCCUGUUCCAGCGCUUCACCACCCUCUGUGUUAAAAACUUCCUCCUCAUAUCUAACCUAAACCUCCCAUGUUUAAAACCAUUUCCCCUUUUCCUAUCACUAUCCACCCUUGUAAACAGCCAUUCCCCCUCGUGUUUAUACGCUCCCUUCAAGUACUGGGAGGCCACAAUGAGGUCUCCCUGGAGCCUUCUCUUUUUCAAACUAAACAAGCCCAGUUCCCUCAACCUUUCCUCAUAAUAUAUUAUAUUAUGUAUAUUUUUAAUUUAUUGGUGACUUACCGGGAUUUUUAUAAUGUUCAUUCCUUCUUGAUUUAACUAAGCUCAGGAAAUGUAAACAGAUUAGAACAUGCUAGUUUCUGUUUUUAUAGCUAGUCAUUAAAAUGUAAAAAGAUUAACACUGCAUUAACUCUGUUUACUACUGUUGAUGUAUCUGGACUAUUUUGUUGUAUGUAAGUGAGCCUUUAUUCUCUUGGAAUCACUUGGACCUUGCUUAUUUCAGGAUUCUGAUUAUAACAAAGAUAGACCAUAGGGCUUCAACAUCUGUUGUCCCUGGGUCGUCUUUCUUGAACUCACACAAGCUGUAGAUGAUAGGUUUUCUUGCAUAAAGCAUGUCUCUUGCUGCAAGUCACUUUGCUCGACAGGCAAAAUUCUCCAGCUGUUGCAUCCAGCUUGUCUGCCAUGCAGCCUUUUAACAAUCUUUUAUUGUGGGGAUAAAAAAUGAAAGAAAUAAGGAAAAUAAUAAGAUUCUUCACUGGGGCGACUGUAUUUUCAGUGUCUUAAUCAUCCAUGACGUUUCUUUAAGACCGCUGUGUUCACUUCAGCAACUCAGAAAUGGUGCCAGACAGACAGCCUUGUUUUGAGGGUUAAACAUAUUUGUCUAAAAAGUCCUUGCCAUCCUGAUGGCUCGUUUGUAUUCCUUGGAUUGCAUUGAAACUCUCUUUGCAAAUGCGUGUACGCUUAAUGUAGAGUUUUGCUUAAUAACUGUUCUGUUUCUUAUUUUUAUGUUGAAUCCUUGCAUUUGGUUCACUUAGUGCCAGGGAAGUUAAACCUGUUAGAUGUAAGCACAUGUAUCUUCCUUACACAACCACAAUGUGAGUCAAGUUUUUUUUGGUUUUUUUUUUACUGUAAUAUAUUUGCUGCAAAUAAAAAGUAAAACCCUUGCAGAACCCAUCUUUUAUGGUGCUC